CGAUAAUCAUUCCUCUAACUGCUAAGGCCACUUCUGAGACUUUGCGCUCGUCUUUCCUACUGCGCCCUUUGCCGGAUGCUCGUUAGUUCUUUUGUUAAUUGAGGCUUCCUUUGUAGCUUCAAUUUUAUGCAGACGUUCAUCAACCACGAGCAAGGCACAGGAGUUUGGGAGGUUUUACCUUCUACCUGUUGGGAGAUCAGGUAUGGAUCUGUCAACUGGUCCUUUGACACACAAUACUGUCGUGUCCCCAUUAAACCUGUAUCCCAUCCAAAGCCACCCCAUUAUCAUGGUUCCCUACUCAGGACCUCACGUCCAAGACGGCGUUAUACAAUUCUUUGCAAAGCUAAACCAUUCGGACCUUCUCAAGAUCCGACAACCCUACCUUAUAACUCUGCGGACGAAUGGCCACUCUCCGAGUCACUGAAUCACAAAUUCAUUGGCGUUCAAGUCGCAGAAGACGUCUUGAGAGCGUACGAACUGGAUUCUGGAUUCACUCAUUCUAUCAUGCCUGAUAUCACCUUGGACGAAUUGUAUACUAGUUGGACUAAGUUGUCCGUUGACGUCGACGAAGAGGAGGUCGAGUUUGCGAGGUCUGAGUGGGUUGCUCGUGUUCAGGAUCUAGUCGGGGAUAUACAGCUGUCCCGGGCUAUAUCCGCCUCCGACAUUGACGGCGGCCGUCCUCAGUCCCCGCUCUCCUCGCUGGAAUACGAUUCAGAGCCAUCUACCGAUUCUGAUGUACUCCCUUCCACGCCCACACAAAGGAGUGCAUUCUCCGAUGUUGAGGUACAUCAGCCCUCCCCGGUGUUAGAUGGCCGCGGUCUUUCCCCACCCAAGGCUCUCAAUGGGUCGGCAAGAGCUUUCACCCCAAAAUCAGGCCCGCCACCCAAAUUUUUAGUAUCCCCCUCACCAGACUCAAGCUCGUCUCCUACCUCAGUCAACUUUGUAUUCCCAGCUAUCAACGGUAACUACCAGUACCUUCCUCCAGGCCUGAAACGGGAUGACCAAGGGUUCUACACCUCAAUCACCCCACCUGGCUCACCAUCUCAUGCCCGUCUUGAUUCUUCUCGGCCUUCCUCGCGGCUGUCAUCUACGCGUCUCCCGCAGUUCUUGUCUGAUGUGCAGUCGCGCAAGGCCUCCAAGACCAGAGUCAUCGUGGACCAGAUGAGAUCCACUCCUGUUGCCACCAAGAAAGGCAGGCCUCGCAAUCACUCCAAAUCUUCAUCUGACAGCUCGCCAGGACCUUCUACACCUCACAUCGACGCGGGAGACAGAAAGAGUACCGGCUCUGCGCAAGGCAGAGGCCGCGACGACUCUGAUCCAGAUCUACCCCUCAGCCCCGACAAUCCCAUCACGCCAGGCAGAAAUGGGUGGAUGGAGCUCCCAUCGCCUACUUUCAGCAUUAAAGCAGUGAUCCCCAGCAGCGCUGCACGUCCGUCGUUCCCUGUAUCAUCCUCAUUUUCAGACGCGCCCUUCCUCACACAACCCCCCGUGCCUUCUGGAACUUUCUAUCACAUCCCACGCGCGCCGGCUUAUCCAUACUCGUAUGUCCCAGCCAGCGCUCCACCACCACUGCCACCACCAACCUCAUGGGUUCCUAUCACUGGUUCCACUUACCCAAGCAGCAUGUAUGCACGACCCGUCGUGUGGUGAUGCCGCCUAUGUAGAAGCACCUUUUUUGCCAUUCGUCAUUCAUCAUAAUUACUAUAUGUAGCACCACUCCCUCUCUUGUUGUCUGUUUUGGAGGUGGUAUGACGGACCUUGGGGACUGUCUGCUGUAACUGACUGUUCUGUUCUUGUCACAUUGUGCUUUAUGUAUGUGUCCUGUGCGUGUUUCGUUCGUUAUUUUUGGUUUUUGGUUUAUGGUUACAAAGCGGUACAUGUUGUAUGCGAACAAGGAGUUACCAUUAAUAAGAUUGAGGUAGCAAUGAAUAGAUGGCAUUUGUUAAUGG